AUGGAUCAAAGACACCCCAUGCAUGGUUACUCAGGACCCCAAAGGAGACUUAAAUCCCGAAGAAGCUUUAUUGCCAAUUCAACCACGAUCCAAGAUCCACCGGAACAACACAGAAUACUAAAAUGGAGAGAAGAGCUACAAUGUGAAAAACCUGUCCCGUUUGCUGAGCACCUUGUGGAGGAAACCAACCAUAGACUAAUAAAUAUGUAAGACAUUAAAUAGGUUGAGAACUGGAGUAGCAAAAACAAAAUCAAACAUGAUGAAAUGGGGAUAUCAGAAAGAAUUGGACAUACUAUGUGAAUGUGGCGAAGACCAAUCAAAUGACCACUUACUACAGUGUACACUAGCCCCGCCAGGAUGCACGACCGACGACUUGGCUUUAGCCAACGAAAAAGCAAUAUCAAUUACAAUUCACUGGCUAAAACAAAAUAUUUAA